AUGCGCGCCGUGGCCGGCCACGGCGCGCCGCGCGUCGUCGCGUCGACGCGCGCGCGCGCGCGCGCCAUCCCGCGCGCGCGCGCGUCGACGUCCGCGUCGACGCGCGCGUCGACGUCGCGCGCCGGACGCGCGCACGCGGUUUUCGCGGUCGCGUCCGACGUGCCGUCUCCGAGACGACGUCGACGCGGCGGCGGCGUCGCUCGCGCGUCCCGGGAGUCGGACGACGCCGCCGCCGUGAACGGCGUCGCGGCGCCGGCGACGACGCCGAGCGUCCCGAGCUCCUCAUCAUCGCUCUCCGCGCCCGCCGGUCGCGCGCUGCUCCUUGCCGUGCCGCUGCUGUGGGCGACGUACAACCCGUCCGUGCGGUUCAUCUACGAGAGCGCGGCGCCGCCGUCGCCGGCGCAGCUGUCCGCGGUUCGAACGCUCAUAAGCCUCGCGCCGUUCGCGGGAGCGCUGUCGCGGCUCCUCGCGGCGCGCGACGAGGAAGAGGAGGACGGCGGCGCGGGGGGAGAAGCGACGGCGGACGACGCCGACGACGCGCCGAUCGCCGCCGACGUCGCCGAAACCGCGGCGCCGUCGCUUCUCCGCGCCGGCGUCGAGCUCGGCGUCUUAAACUGCGUCGGGACCGCGGCGCAGGCGUACGGCCUGGAGCAGACGACGUCCACGCGCGCGGGGUUUCUCCUCGCGACGAUCAACGUCCUCGUCCCGGUCGGUUCGUAUCUCAGCGGGGAGACGGUUUCGCCCGCGGUUUGGGCCGCGUGCGCGCUCGCGGCGCUCGGCGUCGGCGUCGUCUCGGACGCGCUCCCGGUGCCCAUCCAUUGGAGCGAUCACGAUCAAACGCGAGCUGGCGCCGCGUUAGACUCGAUCGAUCCCUCGAUCGAUUCGAUCGCGGCCGCCGGUUUGAACGCGGGCGACGCGUACGUGUUGAUCGCCGCGGUGGCGUACGCGGCGUUCACCGUGCGGCUCGGGAAGUUCGCGAGCGCCGCGGACGCGUCCGAGCUCGCGGCGGUUAAAACGGCCGUCAUGGGGGCGUUAUUUGUCGCAUGGGCGCUCAUCGAGGCAGCCGUCGCGGUGAGCGGCGGCGGCGGCGGCGGCGAACUCGGGGACGUCUCCGGGACCCUGACACGUGGCGUGCUGUGGUCCCCCGCCGGGGUCGGGUUCGUCGCCGCGUGGGCCGCCGUGGCGUACAGCGCGCUCGCCCCCGGCGCGCUCGCGACGUACUUACAGACGAAAGGGCAGUCCGUCGUCCCCGCGGCAGAGGCGCAGGUCAUAUUCGCGACGACUCCGGUGUUUAACGCGUUAGUUUCGUGCGUUUUUCUCGGCGAGGCGAUAGGGGCGGACGUCGCGGCGGGGGGCGGGAUUUUGGUUCUCGCGUCCGCGUUGCCCGCCGCCGCGGAGUGGCGAGAAAGCAGAGAUAGGAGGCGUCCGUAG